AUGAGAGAUACGGAAUUUGAGCAGAAAUUACGCCAGCGAACUAGGGUCGAUAGAACGGAGCUUACGAAGCCUGUCAGUGGUAGUACGACUCCUGACACUCCUCUUCCGGAGGACGAUGACAAGGCCAAAGCCAAAGGGGGGUUUUUUAAUUCUUUGCGCGAUGAGAUGUCCUCAUAUCGGUCGGAUAGGAGUAGGAAAUCUAGUGGUGGACAGUUCGGUGAGGAAGGUUUGGUCCCUCAUUAUGGGCUUCCUAGGUUGGAUGCAUGUUGUUCAAUUCAGACUCCAAUGCGUAGAAGAUUGCAGACUGCGGUUGUGGCAUGGCACAUCUCAUCGUUUGUGUUUUUAGCUGUGCUUUCGAUCUAUGCGUUAUCAAAUCCGAUGCUGUGGUUUGCGUCUAUUCCUUAUACGAUUUAUUUUAUCUUCGAUAGAGCACCUGGGAAUGGUGGUGUGGUUAAGAGGGGAUCGCAUUGGUUUAGGUCCUUGCCCAUUUGGACUUGGUAUUGUGAGUAUUUUCCUAUCAACUUAGAUAGGACCACACCAUUAAAACCAACUUACACAGAGAAGAAACCAUCACCGAGUGAAAAGACUAAAAAAUCAUCGAUUUUUAACCCAAAGUCCUGGAAACUCUUUAGGCGAACUGAAAAGUAUGAACUGACCGGUCCGCGCUACAUCUUUGGUUACCAUCCUCAUGGUAUCGGGGCUCUGGGAGCUUUCGGUGCCAUUGGUACUGAAGGUUGUGGCUGGUCCAAGAAGUUUCCAGGUAUAAAUGUCUCCUUGAUGACGUUGGUUGCACAGUUUCAUGUCCCAUUGUACAGGGAUUACUUAUUAGCGUUGGGAAUCAGUGCAGUCACAAGGAAAAACUCUUUGAAAGUUCUCGAGAGGAACCACUCCAUUUGUAUUGUCGUCGGUGGAGCUAGAGAGUCACUGAUGAGCAGUAUUGGUUCAGUGGAUUUAGUACUGAAAAGAAGGAAGGGGUUUAUUAGGCUUGCUUUAGAGAGCGGUAACGUAUCCUUAGUUCCUGUCUUUGGGUUUGGUGAAACUGAUUGUUACAACAUCGUACAUACAAGUGAGAACUCUUUCUCUCAUAAGGUCCAACUCUGGAUGAAGAAGAACUACGGUUUUACCAUCCCAAUAUUCUACGCUCGUGGACUGUUCAAUUACGACUUCGGUUUCCUUCCAUUUAGGACGCCCAUCACAGUACUGACAGGCAAUCCGAUCUAUGUGGAAAAGAAAAUAUCAAACCCAACACCGGAACAAGUAGAUCAUUACCACGAUCUGUACGUUGAGGAACUAAAGAAGCUCUAUUACGAUAAUAGACACAAGUACGGUUACGGUACAGUAGAGAUGCAAAUUGCCGGUUAA